AUGCAGGGUAAGGAAAUGCAGGAGCCGCAGAAGACGUUUGAUGCCGCACAGAAGUGCACUUUUCCAAGCUGCACACCCGAAAAGGAAACGGAGGACAAGCGAAGGAGUCAUUCUGCAUCUCUCACAGACCAGCACUUAGCAUUGCAGAAUCAACUGAUGCGGAUCAAGAAUGCAUACUACUAUGCCCCUGGUGAUGCCAUGGCGGAAGUGCAUCCAACGCAAGGAACUGUCUCACCACGCCACGGCAAAAAUAUCCCGCCUCCGUGUAUCGUUUCCGGGAACGGUAAUCGUCCUCUCGCGGAGUCAGUGUCGAUGUUGCUGGGAUUCCCCACCCACCAAACGCUGGUGGGGCAGCAUGCGAAUGGGGAGGUGAAUGUGCGCAUUGAUGAGAGCGUUCUUGGCGCCGAUGUGUACAUCAUUCAGAGCAUGGCAGGAAAUGAAGUAAUAGACGUGAACACGGCUGUAAUGGAGCUACUUUUUCUAAUUCGAAAGAUGCGUCUAAGCAAUGCCAGGCGGGUUACUGCAGUGAUUCCGUACCUCGCUUACUCCCGCCAGGACAGCAAACACUCCGCACGCAGCACCGUGUCUUCCUCCGCCAUUGCAGAGAUGCUGACGCAAGCGGGUGUAGACCGUGUCACGACACUGGAUCUCCAUUCUGGGCAGAUACAAGGCUUUUUUGAAAACACUCCACUCGACAAUCUGCAGAUGAGCCCGGAGUUUGCAAAAUAUCUCUGUAGUCAGUCUUGGUUUGACCCAGACAACAUGGCAAUUGUUUCAGUUGGUUCCAGCGGCCUAGAGCGAGCAAGAAAGUUGGCUGACGUCCUGAGGAUUGGUUGCAUUGUAACCAUCAUGAAGCGAUGCAGUGCUUCCGGGGUCGAAACAUUGCAGCCCGUUGGCGAUGUAAAGGGCCGUAUCUGUGUUGUUCUGGGGGGCAUGUGUGACACGGGCCACACCACUGAGCAGGUGUGUGCACUUCUCCAUGACUUGGGCGCAACAAAGAUAACCGCCUGCUUUACGCACGGCAUUUUGACCCCACCGUGCAUCCAGCGCAUUAACGAUUGUGAAUCUCUUAGUGAGAUUGUCGUGUCCGACUCCAUUCCCCAGGAGGAACAUCUCCGCCUGAUUCCCAAGUUGAAGGUGCUUACCAUUGCCCCCCUUCUCGCCACCGUCAUCGACAUGCACACACGGGACGAGGGCAUCAGCUCUCUCUUUGACAUGUCCCCUCUUCAACUGGGGGAAAAAAAGGUGUCUUGCGCACCUGAAGCGAUGCCAUCCCAUUGA